AUGCUCAGCACUCGAUGCGCAUCGCGGGCCGCAUUACGAGUCCCGCAUCCCCCGCGACUGUGUAGAAACAUCUCGAGCAAACAGCGGCCGCAGAUAAGAGCAGCGACCCAUCCGUACGCACAGCGUCGCCAGCAGCAUUUCGUCCGGUCUAUAGCCACCGUCACUGCACUCUGGGCCACCGCCACUGCCUGGCAAUGGUUCAAUGGGGACAAGUUCUUCAGAGAAGUCCAUGCGGAGGAGCCGCCCCAAGAGCAAGAGUUGAGCUUUGAGAAGCCGCGGCGGCAGGCUGUCUCGGAAGAGGACAACCGCAAUAUCCUCAGUUCGCAGCACUUGCAGGUUCAGAAGAGUUGGGAGAAUCCGGGAGUAUAUGCGUGGGGGUCAAAUACAGGGAAGGUUGUGGCGCCUGAUUCACAGGAGUCUUUCAUAAAGACACCGCGGCGGAUACCCUUCUUUGACGGAGUGCUUUUAAGGGACAUCAAGCUUGAUCGGAACUUUGCGGCAGCCAUCGAUGAGAAGGGCGACCUUCUGCAGUGGGGCACUGCCUUCUCUAAAGACACCACCCAGCCAACGCCGACACUAAAGGGACGAAAUUUGACUUCGCUUGCCAUCUCCCGCGACCGCAUCAUAGCCCUCUCCGCGUCAGGAACUGUCUAUUCGAUCCCAGUGUCGCAAGAAGAGCAAAAAAAUGGCCCAAAGCCGGCAUCUACCUCCUGGAUCCCUUUUUGGGGCUCCUCAAACAAUAUCUCCUACCGCAUUCGCACACCUGAAAACCUUGGCUGGAAUGAGCGGGUCACAUCUAUUUCCUCCGGCCUCGAGCACGCCCUAAUGCUCACCUCUUCCGGUCGCCUCUUCUCUUUUGCGUCGGGAACGGAAAACUUCCCGUCAAAGGGACAAUUGGGUAUCCCACGCUUGACAUGGAAGACACGUCCCAGCGGCACUUUCGACAUUCCACAUGAGGUCACCACCCUGAAGGGGUUUCCGAUCCAGCAUAUUGCGACGGGCGAUUACCACAGCCUCGUCAACGAUGUCAAUGGCCGUGCCUUCGGAUUCGGCGAUAACUCGGCUGGCCAACUCGGUUUCGACUUUAACCCUGAGGCCAUGUUCAUCGACGCCCCCUCGCUCCUCCCGACCCAGAAACUCUACUCCGGGACCGCACAACAAGCCUGUGUAACAAAGGUCUUCGCCGGCGGCAACACUUCCUUCCUCACUAUUGAAGCUACGAAACCCGUAGCCUCGACCCGCGACUCAACUCGCGUGCAAGCUGAUACAUGGGCCUUUGGCUUUGGGCUGACAGGGCAGCUCGGCAACGGUCGCUGGAUCCACAAUCAAUCGACUCCCAUCAAGGUCCCGGCUUUCUCCGGCCUCUAUGAAUACGACGAGAAUACUAACAGCGUCAUACCCAUCAGGCUCGCACACGUCUCCGUUGGCGCCAGCCAUGCCGCCGGAAUUAUGGACAACGUAGCUAGCGUGGCCGUCUCCGGAAAAUCCAAGAAACUCACCGAGAAUGACACGAACUGGGGCCGCGAUAUUCUCUUUUGGGGUAAUAAUGAGUUCUACCAGCUCGGCACGGGGAAACGGAAGAACGAGCCCACACCAACUUACAUUCAGCCCUUGGAUCAGGCGGCGGAAGAGGAGCGCGCGGCUAGUGUGUUGAGCUGGGGAAGGCAGAAGGGGGAGAAGGGAAUGCAUAGGUUUCAAAUUUCGCCUAGAGCAAAGGUUAAGGUGAAUGGUCGGACGGUGGAUUUGGAGCAGAGGGUGGAGUGUGGGAGGGGAGUGACAGCUGUGUAUUCGGCCGUAUGA